AUGUCAUACAUCGAUAGCCUGUUUUUCGAAUCACUUCCGAAAACAUCUAAAAGAAUAACCAAAGAAGGUUUGCGUCAACCUCUUGUAACGGUUGAUAUGGAGGAAAAUAGUUACAUCGAUCAAACCUACUUCCAGAGGCCAGAGGAUCGCGAGACUCCCGGGUCUGAUCUCGUUGAAGAAGAAACCGAAAGCGUCGCUGACUGCAUUACUGGUGUGCGUGAUCAACUGUCCAUAAACUUGUAUAGUGGUGGAACACUUAAUUUCAAGAACCAAAAGAACCGUCCCCUGAGGCCACGAUUUGAUUCGGAAGGCUUUCGCAUACCCGAUGACGAUCCAAUCAAGUUCUAUCUUCUUACGGAAGACGAGGCAGUAGAAGUGUUGUACAAAUGCCUUAUCUCUGUGCAGGACAAUCUUCUAGUUCUAAACAAGCCGCCUGGAAUUUCUUGUCAAGGCGGCGCCGGACAGAGUUUCAGCGUGGACAGUCUCCUUCCGAGAUUAGCAUUUAAACUUCGUCGGGAUUUCGCUGACGAGACAGGGACUCUUCAACUAAGCCACCGGCUUGAUAAGGAGGCUACGGGCAUUCUUCUCAUCUCAAGAAACCGAGAUACUCACCUAAAAUUGACAGAGGCUUUCGCUAAUCGUUGGAUCAGAAAGUCUUAUCUGUGCAUCACCUCUGGUAUUCCCAAGGAAAGGGAAGGAACAAUUUAUCUGCCAUUGUAUGAAAGGCGUGUUCGUGGCAUUUAUCGGAUGUUCGCUAAACACCACCGCUCAAACUCAACACGAGAGAGGGAAGUUUUAGAGGAUACAGAAGAACCGAAAGUUUCGCAGGAGAAAACCAACGCUCUAACACACUACUCUGUUCUUGGUAGGAGAAACGACACUGCUCUGGUGGAGUGCUGUGCGACAACGGGCGUGAAGCACCAAGUGCGCGUCCACCUGAGCACAGCACUGGGGACUCCGAUUCUGGGGGAUCACAAGUACUCCCAUUUCGGUCAUUUGGCACCCCAGCGACUCCCUAAGCGCACCCUCGCAGCCCUCGAGAUUCGCCAGUCGAAGGCGCGCUACAUUGGGCUCCAUCUUCACGCCCACAGAAUACAAUUCGGCCUUACGGGAGCACCGGACACUUUGAAAAGCCCCUCAACCAGCGACCCACCUCCUGGGUUCUUUAGCUUCAUCAACCGCGAAAGCCCCCGGCAGGCACGUCAUUUCGCCGCGCCACUGCCCAGCUUUUUUGUGACCAAUUUAAACCGACUUGGAAUGAAGUUGCCUUCUGCAUUGCGUUGGACAAGAUUUAAACUGUUUUGA